AUGGAAGGACUUAAUUUUAUUCAUAAACAAGAAAUUAUUCAUCGAGAUUUUCAUAGUAGAAAUAUUCUUUGUGAUAAUGAGUAUGAUGUUAUAAUAAGUGAUUUAGGAAUAAGUAAAUUUUCAACUGAAUCAUUAGAUAAUGAAAAUAUGUAUUAUGGAAUUAUUCCUUACAUUGCUCCAGAAAUUUUUCAAGGACAAAAAUAUAAAAAGUAUACUAAAGCUUCAGACAUAUAUAGCUUUGGUAUGAUAAUGUGGGAAUUAAUGGUAGAAAAAAUUCCAACUAAAAUUAAAAUAUCGCCGGACAUUGGGCCUAUUAUUAAAAAUAAACUAAAUGGUAGUGCAAUAAGCUUUGCAGAAGUAACUGGAAGGUCAAGCAUUUCAAGUGGUAAAUAA